AUGUCUAGCCGUGGUGGAGCUGUGAUGACCCGUGGGAACACUUCAGGUCUACAACCCCUGAAAGCCACUGUACCUUUUCGGCUGCACAAGAAAGCGCAAGUGGGCCCGAGAUACUCUACGCCAGGUUUAAAGACCAAACUUCAGCAUGAACCCCAAGUGUCGACCAGAAUCCGACGCACGCUGUCAUUGGAUGCCAUCGUUGGACCCUAUCUGCAGGGACAGUGGCCUAGAGAUGGAGAGAAGGGUGAACGUGGAAGGUGCAGUCCAAAAGACAAAUCCACGCAGACCCCAAACUCAUGGUCAGAUGGAGCUGAAAAGAGGCUAGUUGGUGGAAUUCACAAACGUUCUUCAUCGUGGAGUAGUGCAGAACAACUGCGAGAGAUUGCUAUGCUGAAGCAGCAGUUGCAACAGAGACCUAAAUGUGUCCACGGCUCUAACCAAGAAGAGAUGCCCCUCCCUGUUUCUUUUUCGUACACACAGUCACAGCCUGUGGCCAUUCCGUUGUCCUGCGAGUCCAGGAUGCCUGCCAGGCUACGUCACAGUGAGGAGAGACUAGACCAGGAACUGGAGAGAGCCUUUAUACGCAACUCACCGCUUCAGCUCAACAGACUGUUAGAGGUCCCUGAUGGCCACAGAGCUCCUGCUCCUCCUCUCAGCUGUAGCAGUGGUUCCCAGAGUGACACUUUCUUUCCUCCUCAUCUCUUCUCCUCCCCCUCUCCUCCACCCUGUCCACCCCUCUCUCAAGGUCCAUCCCCAGCUUUAGAUGUGGAUUCAGAUAUGGCAAACAGUUGUGGUCUUGUCCACCAUCCAUCACCUUUGAGCUCUGUGGGACAGACUGACCACUCUCCUUUGCUCCUGUCUUCCUCUCCACGUCCCAACAAGAGCUACUGUUUCCAGAGAGAACCCCCAGAAGGAUGCGAAAGAGUUCGAGUGUGUGAAGAGAGUCUGUCUCCAUGUCUGGACCGGUAUCUCUCCAGCCCUGAUCCCAACAAGGUGAACUUCACCACGCACGGAGGCUCUGCCUUCUGCCCAGUCAGCUUACUGAAGCCCCUCAUCCCCUCUGUGGACUUUCUGUUCCGUAGCCUGUCAGUGUCUCCCGGACCGUGCCUGAGCUCCAUCUGCCAAGCCCCAAGUCCUGCUCCCAUGAUGCCAGGGCCUCUGGACUCUGCAACUACUGCUAUGUGAGAGAAAGAGCACACAGGAAGUCUAAUGAUGAAGUGGACCUUCUUAAGCAGAAGCUU